AUGUCAUCAACUUGCUGUGGCUGCAGCCGUGCUGGUUACAGCAUGGGACGAGUGUGGGGAGCUAUGGCCUCUGCCCGUCUCAUACUCCUCCUCCUGAUUGCCACAACUUUCUGGAAGUUUGCUGCUGCUCCGUGGCGAGCACCAGGAGCAGAUGACUACACCGGUUCUGUUAAUGCGGUUGCCUGGUCGGACUCGGCUUUUGUUCCUGAGGUGGAACCCAGAGAUGUGAGUGGAGGUGAAUGGGAUGCAGAAUCCCAGCCGGCUCCCAGGAUGGAAGCUAUAGCAGAUGGCAUGGAAGUGCCUCCAGAGAGGGCCGUGCAAAACUCACAGCUGCGUCCCACGCCGGAGCCCCGCUGGUAUCCCAGGGGUCCUGCGAGACAGAGAGGGAAACUGGGACGAGAAAGAGAUUCGCUGCGGUUUUAUCAUGCUCUCAAGGCAGUGACGGAGGACAACGAAGUGCCUGAGUUCAAUGGAGAGCCUGUGGACGGGGCUGUGUUUGAGGAGGGCAGCAGCCACACACUGCCCAUCUCCCGUGAAGGCACAGAGGACGUGCAAGUAGCUGGCGCUUCAGGUGCACACAGUGAACAAGCUGGGAAUGGGGUCCACGUGAACGACCUCCCCAUGUUCUGCUUGAAAGGUGCUAUUGCCGUGUUUGUUCCUAUUCUGCUGAUAAUAAUUGUGUGCUGCAUUUACAUCCGGCGGCGGAGGAAGAAACACCAGCGCCUCACUGAAGCUGCCAAAGCCCGGUGUGCUGCCUACGAAGACUCAGAGUAUGCGGACAGACAGACUUGGCACCAGCGGCCUCCACGUGUGUCAGGACGUUCUGCCCGGGGGCUGCAGAGCCCCAACACAUCGCCGCCCCCCAGGCCCAAGAGUGCCCCGUCUCGGCUGCCCCCGCCGCGGCCCCCAAGGCCCAGAAGCCCCCAGCCCCGCUGGGCACCACCACCGCCACCGCCACCGCCCCCAUCCUUCAGGGGAUGGUAGCAGUUUCCCUGGGGUCAGGGAACCACGUCCCACUCCUGCACAACCGCUGGUUCCAUCAGCUGUGGCUGUCCAGGUUUGUGCUGCAGCAA